GCGCUAUGUUAUUGAAGAGUUAAGCUGUCUUCGUGUAACGUCAGUCGCAGACGAUACUUCCCAAGUUUGUCGCUUAAAUGCAGUAAAGUAGUAUGAUAAUUCACGUUAACCUAAGUUCCGAAGUACUAAAUAAAAUAUGGAUGACAAUCACGUUGUAGAUGUUGUAAGACAAGAGAUUGUGAACCAUAACCUACUUAUUAAGGCCCUGAUUCAGGAUAUCUAUGCAUGUCCAGGGCCACUUGAAGUUUUAAAUGAACUGAACAGAGAAGGUCGAUAUAAGAUUGGGAUUCUCAGAAAACAUAUACAUCACUUAGAGGGUCUUGCCAAAGAGCAGAAAAAGGAAUCAGGAAGAAUAAAGCUUUUGAAGGAAGUGGAAAGCCAUCAGCAACAACUGACAAGUACCCUCGGAGCAUUUCAAAAGGCCAACAUUAUGUGUAUGUUUACAAUUGAAAAGUCCAACAAGGAGGAGCUUUUAGAUGAAGGAUCAGAAGAGACUAUUUUACACCACAGGCAGCGUAAGGAUAAAGAAGGACUGGUCAAAAUGUCAUCAGAUGUCACAGAUCAGUUACUAUCAAUUAGUCGUCAUUUGGCUGACACAACACAACGCAGUGCUGAUACGCUUGAAACAUUAGCAAAUUCAACAAGCAAUGUUCAGGACACUCAUGAUGAACUUCAGACAACUGGAAGUGCCAUAAGUCAAUCUGGAAAACUACUUGCUAAAUAUGAUCGUCGUGAAUCCACUGAUAAGGUUAUUUUAUUUUUAGCAUUUGUAUUCUUUCUUUUCUGUGUUUUGUAUAUAAUACAGAAAAGAUUAUAUUAAUUUACAUUGUACUACAGUCAUUACUCUAAGUGUUUACCACAUUGCUUAUGUAUAAGGAUCAAAGUGCAGUGUUCACUGAUUUGGUGAAAAUCUGAAACGUCUUAUAAGUUUAUGAUUAAUUGUAGAAACAAUGACAUAUAUCAGAAAAUUAUUUAUGCGUACAACUGUUUUGAACAGUAAAAUAAUUUCUGAAAACACUAAUGUGGGCAACUAUUCAGCUGCUGGAACAUGUCUGUUCUUGCAAGAUGGUUAUUUUAUUAUUUCACAGUAGUAUAUUAACUUUUGUUAGUUAUGUGGCAUCAAAUUAACCAUACUAGAAUGUUGCAGUUGAUGAACUGGGAGAGAUUCAGAAGCAAUUGUGACUAACUUUAAGGUACUAUCUCAGGGGCUGCCUAAGAGGACAGAAAAAUAAGUCUCAAAUCGUGGCAGUCAUUUUACCAGCCAAAAUUGUAAAAGUAUUCUGUCUGAAUUUGAGUCAGACAUGGUGUCACUGUGCCAAAUUGUGCACCACAAUUUAAAUGUGAAAAUGAAAUAAACAUGUUUCCAUAAUUUGUAAUAAGUCAAAAACUUAUCAAAUGAAUCUUGUGAGACCUCUACUAUUGUAUGACUGUGGGCAGUGUUGAAAAAUCAGUUAUAAAAAAUACUUCAUAUCAAAUUCACAAAUCAGUUACGUAUGCUUCUAAUGUAAGUGUUACUCCUAUAAAAAUCUUUGUUUAUAACAAAAUUUCUUUCAUAUAAAGUGUUUCAUUUCUUGUCAUCCUAGACAUUUUAAGGAGGUUUGAUCCCAUACAUUCACUCUUUUAAUGUGGACUUAUUUUAAAAAUAAGAUAACAUUUGCCAAUUAUGCAACACUCAGCAUCUUUAAACAGCAGCGCAGCAGUGGUAACAAAUUGUAAUUACAUAUAUAUUUCAUGACCAAACUAUAUUAAAAUUGACAACAGAAGAACCAGCUCAGCAUUAAAAUAAUUAUUGUUUCUUCAAUUAAAAUUUUGAGGAGGAUGAUUAUCUUUUGUGCAUGGUUAAUAUAUACUGAUACAUCUCAUUAAAUCAGUUGCUACAACAAAGUAGAAGUAUUGAAUUGCUCUUUUGGACUUCAUCCAUCAUUUAAAUUACAGAAUUAUAUUUUAAAAGAUGAAUUCUGCUUUCAAUGUCAGGUGGAAAAGAUAUGUUUCACGGCUUCUCUGUCUCCCCCCCCCCAUCUGAUGAUGAAAGCAGAUUCCAACCUUCAAAAUGUAAUUUUAUGACUGAAUAAUUUAGACAAUGGACAAAGUCCAAAAUAUCAAUUUAACACAAAAAGUAGUCAUAUGGGAACAUUUUAAUGUUUCUUCAGGAUAAAUUUAUUCUUUUGUAUUACAAUAUGUAGGACGGUUAUCUACAGAUUUCAUUGGUACAGCCAAUAAAUUGAAUCUAACCAUGAACUAAGUCUUGCUAUUUUUUAUAGCAUGCAUAGUAAAAUUAUUGGCCAACUUACGUUCUCAUUCCUUCAUUUUCUGCACAUGUCGUUUCUGAAAUAAGUGAAAUAUAACUGUUGUGUACAUGCAUAAGAAACUUGUAUUUUACAUUAAACAUGAAAGUCUAUUGUAUUCAAAGAGAAUGUAGGAUGGGACAUGUCCAAACAUAUUCACUGAUAUAAGUGACAAUGUUUUAAAUAUAACAAACUCCACAGUAGAGAAUAUUAUUUUAAAAGUUACGAAUUAUUUAAACAGUCAAAUUUUUUUCUACUUUUACCUGUCAUAUUGUUCACAAAAGCCUAGUUCAAAUUUGUACCUUUCACAAACACUAGAACAUUAUUAAAAAAAACUGGUACUCUUAUUGAUUGUUAUGUGGUUUCUGAAUUGGAAAUGUAUGGGUAAUUAACUCAAGGUUAUGACAGGAUGAAUGUGUAGCACAAAUGGGGGGGGAAUUCAUACAAAAUUUGGAUGGAAAAACCUCUUUCUUGGUAGUCACUUAACAAAUCAAGAAGGGGAUGAAUGGAAAUUAAGUAUUCAUGGCUCAUUUUAAGGUAAUAUGUUUUUUUUAAAUAGGGAAUGAGGAAACCUUGAGAAAUCUGUUAGGGUAGUCAAUUUCUAACUGAGAUUCUAACUAGGUACCUUCUAAAUGGAUACCAGUCAAAAACGUGAACAGUGUGAUACUUAAACACAUGUAGACAUUUAUAAUAUUAUCAACUGGGGAGAAGUACUGACCACAAAACUCAGAAUCUGCUGUUACACAGAACAGGUUAGCAUAGUAAUAAUAAAUAUGAUGAAAAUUUUGGAAGUAUCUGGGUCAAAUCUCUGCUGCUCUGAGGCUUGGAAUUAUUUUCCUCAGUCCUGCCACACAAAUGCAAAUAUACUGCAACUACUUCCACAUAACACCAGUUUCAUUCAUGGCCAUCUCGAUAAUCUCUCUCCACACAUGGCAAAGAAAUUGAAAUUUCUGAGACUGCAAAUAACUAACACCAUGGAUUAGAGUCUUUCUUAAGAAACUGACAGUCAUAGCUACUCAAGAAAUUACCCAACUUUGAAGAGACAUGAAGGUUCAUUACAAUGUUCACAAAAGCCUAGUGACCCCUACCUGAGCCAGCUUACUACAGUCUGCACCAUAUUUUCAGAAUAAAAUAAAUAUAACAAAGGUGAAGAUGACAGAGGCAAGUGGCAAAUUUGUAUGACUGAUGUAAAGUAGAAUUACACUUAUCAGAAACUUUCACAGUGGCCUAUGAUGUCAUACAGUCAUCCUCUUGACCUCCUACAAAAGGAUGGUAAAAGUGUAAUAAUUUGUGUUUAUAAAAGUUCAAUGAUCUAACUCCCUUUCAGUCUCAAAUAUCAUACAGGGGCAAGUGCCACUUUAUUUCACAUCAUCUAUACUAUCCACAUUACAGAAUAUACAAAUUCACUUGACAAGUGGCAGAAAAAAGAGGAUGAUUGGAAACCUAGGGGUAGAUAGGAGGGUAAUAUUAAAAUGGAUAAUAAGGGAAUAGGUUAUGUAUGUGUGAGCUGGAAUGAAUUCUCAGGAUAGUGGUCACUGCUGAGGUAUUGUGAUGAUGGUGAUAAAUCCUCAGAUUCAAUAGCAGCAAAGAAUGUCUUGAUAAGCUGAGUAUUAUUUAAAAAAUCUACUGUUCCAUUAAGUUAGUGAAUAUGAAAUUUGAUAUUGAUUCUGCAGUAAUUUUAAGAAGUGUGUAUGAUUAUAAGCAACUGUUUUUAAGUAUUUACUGUUAAUGACUAAGUUCUUUGGAUAUAAAAUAAUAUAUACUUGGUU